CCGCAAUCCCCCUCUCCCCCACCUUCACCCCCUCCCCACCAGCAUUUACCUCACCACCAAAAUGUCUGUAGCUAUCGUCACCGGAGGCGCUUCGGGCAUGGGCUUCAACCUCGUCAAGAACCUGCUCGGCCGCCAAUUCGCCCACGUCGUGAUCGCAGACCUCAAGCCCCCCGCCUCGGACCUGACCUCUUCCCUCGAUCCAAAGACCUUCUCGUUCUUCAAAUCCGACGUCAGCGACUGGCAGAACCAGGCCGAACUCUUCAAGUACGCGCACGCUAAACACAAACGCCUCGAUCUCGUCGCGCUCAACGCAGGCAUCUCCGACACCGACGCGCUCUACGAAGAUAACCCGAACGGGCCUGAGCCCUUGAAUCUCAAGGUCUUUGGGGUGAACUUGUUUGGCCCGCUGUAUGGAUUCCGCCAGGCGUUGUGGUAUAUGCGGCGAAACCCCAGUGGACCGAGCGGCAAGAUCAUCAUGACUGCUUCGAGCGCUGGGUUUUAUGCGCAUCCUUCGAAUCCAGAGUACUGUUCCUCCAAACAUGCCAUCGUCGGACUAGUCCGCUCAGCAGGCGCCAUCGUGCGCAAAGAAAACAUCACAGUGAACGCCGUCUGCCCUGGUUUAGUCCUCACCCCGCUUGUCCCGCGCGAAGUCGUCGACGCCUUUCCCAAGGAGCACUGGACGCCCAUGUCGACCAUCAUGUCGGCCUUCGACAAGAUCAUUGACUCAAACAUCUCGGCGGAGACGAUCGAGUGCAGUGGGUCGCAGGUUUACAGCCGGCCGCAGUAUGAGUAUCUUGAUGAGCAUAUGAAGAUGUUGUUUGGAAGUCAGGAUUUGUUCCAGGAUGCCUAUGCUGAGGAGCGCUGAACACUUUCUACUUCAGUCUGAGAAUACUAGGCUUCAAUUAGUACAAUAGGACAUAAUAUAGCAUACAAGAUA